AUGAUGAAUCCAGAGAAUAUACAAGUAGUCUUGACCGAUGAUAUUUACUAUUUAUUAGUCGAUUAUUACAAUAAUUAUUAUAAAUCAACUUUUGUUCCUAUUAGCGAACUCGAACUAUCAACAACUGUUCAUCCACUUAUAAAUCAAUUUGGACGUAUUCGGAUUGGAUCAGAAAUAUUCAGAUCAA